AAUCGGAUAUUAACAAUCCGACGGCCAAUAAACAGCCUGACACGUGUCACACCAUGCGCUGCUUCCCUCCCGUUCGCUGCCUCACAUAAUCCUUAUACCAGAGAUCUAUGAAAUCGACGUACGCCGUUCAAACGAGAGGCACUCACAUCAACAGCAGCUUACUUACCGGAUAUUUGUCGGCUCGUGAUCGUAGGGUUCACCUGCUUCCGAUUAACUUGAGGAAGUCCGACUUCUUUUCCCCCAAAAUCAGAGUCGCAAUCAAAGCAAAUUAACCCAAUUUCAUCGCAAAUCUUUGAAUAUGGACUGUAAUCGUCUCAAUAACCACCAAUUAUUUCCAAAUUUAGCCAAUAAUUUCCUUUCUUUUGUUUCUAACAGUGCAUCAUGGAGUGUUAUACAAUGAGCACAUCAAUACAAGGAUUGUUAUCAGGUCGAUGCAGAAACAAACAAAUAUCAUGGAUUUUGUGGCCAAAUAGAAGCAUUCAUGGAUUCCAAUAUAUAAGAAAUGUUCAUCGUUAUCCCCAUUGUAGACUACUCUGUUUUCCUCCCACUCUUAAUGAACAAUCUUCAUCACUUCAAUCCAAAAAAAACUCAAAUGGUGACGAUGAACAUGUUCUUGAACAACCAAUCGACAAUGAUCAAUUAAAGGCACUUCUUGCUGAUGCUGAAAGGGCAAAGCUUUUAAGAAAGUUGAGUGAAGCUAAUCAACACAAUCGUUAUCUCAAACGUCAGGUCUUUUAUUUUUUACUUGUGAAAGAAGAUGCUUUGGCUGAGUUUAAAAGUGAACUUGCUGUAACAGAACUUGAGAUUCAGGGAUUAUUAAAUAUGGCAAAAGAAAUUGUUAGUUAUGGCAUUCCAGCAGGUUCAAGAAAAAUAAAUGGGAAAUACAUUCAAUCUCUUCUUCUUUUACAAUUACAAGGUGUUCAAGAGAAAUUAAAAAAACAAAUUAAAGAAGUCGAACUUGCACAAUCGAAAGAGGUGUCGUUACACUGGUAUGGCAUGGCAGAGAGUGUGCAAGUUAUGGGGUCUUUCGAUGGAUGGAGUCAUGGAGAAGACUUGUCGGCGGAGUAUACUGGUUCUUACACGAGCUUCUCCACAUCUAUAAUGCUUAGACCCGGAAGGAUUUGGAUGGGCUACCAAAUGUACCAUCAUCAAGAUACCGAAACUCGGAUGCUCAUGAUGCCAAUAUUGAAGAUGGUAAUCCGGCUAAUUGGAUUGGAAAAGACUUUGAUGACCAAGAUUAUGGAGAAGAUUCAGAAGAAGAUUAUAUAGAAGAAACACCGGCAUGGAAUGUUAUACCAAGUGAUGAAUCAAACCAAGAAGAGGA